GAUUUGCUAGUCCUCCUAUCCAAACGAACGGAGGACUAGUGACGAACGGUGUUUACUCCAAAAGCGCCAGUGCUGUGGCUCCCAAUGCGCCACAAUACUUGUCUCAGCACGCAUGAAGCGGUCGCACUGCAUGAAACGGUGUCGCCCGCCCGCUGGUGCGUGACACGGGGCGACGUGCGGCAGCUGCAGCGCGAGAUCCACGCGGCCAUCGCCCGGGGAAGCCUCCAGACAGACGGCAGCGAAGAUGAUGGCAACAGCUCCUGUGCUGGGCGACACGAGUUCGGCCCCAGCAUUUACAUUGUCAAUGAGCAGUACAUCAAACCAGUGACUGCCGAAGCCGGAAAGAUGAGUUGGGCCUUGAUGCGCAAUCCCGAGGGCUUAGAUUGUGAUUUGUUCGUCAGCCAUGCUUGGCAGGAAGGCAUCUUUGAAUUCCUCUCCAAACUCCGUGGAUCAUGGCCCUGGCGUGCACAGCACGCAUGGUGUUGCAUGCUGGCAAAUCCGCAGCAUUUGAACAUCAGCUCGAUGCUUCAAUCACCUAGAGCUUCGCCUUUUGCACUGGCCUUGCAGUCGUCCCGCUAUGUGCUGGUCAUCCCAAAUCGGCAGCAAAGCAUUUAUUGCCGCCUUUGGUGUGGAUAUGAGGCCUAUGUGGCCUCUCAAGAGGACAAAACCAUUCAAAUUGCCGCUGCUUCAGUGUGGUCAGGAUUUUGCUGGACGGUUCUGUUAUUCGCAGCCGUACCACUUUCCUUGGGACUUCUUGUCGGCAUCCUGGCAAACAUCAAAGCCUGGGACAUAGCUCCGGGAUGCAUGAUCGUCAUUUGCAUUGCGGCCUUUUGUACUGCCUACGCCCAUGGACGUUUGCGGCAGGUCGCCAACUACGCUGGACUGGCCGCAGGCAUGUGCUUGGAAGUGCACUAUGACUACGACGAGUUUCAUGACUUGGGCAUCCGGAUCUUUGAUGGACAUUUCACUUUUGCAAGUCUAUUUUUGAUCGCUGAGUUUGACCGCGUGCGGAGCCUGCAAAUUGACCGCGAGGGCCAGCAGCUGCGGAAGCAAUACGAUGGUUCCAUCCGCUUUGCCAGUUGUUCGCAGGAGACGGAUCAGCGAAAUAUUUGGGAUGAAAUUGGAGACAAAGUUGAAGAAGUUGAUCGUGCCAUUGAUGUGCUCAUUUCAGCAGGCAUGUCAUCCCCUGCUUUGCGUACUGCCGCAAAGUCUGGUGUGGAUGUCAAAGGGGCGGGACAUGCAGAGCUAGCUAUUGCAUUCACGGUCCUUGGUCCUUUGCAAGGGGUGAAUAUUCUUCAAACCAUCAAACAGCCUUGGCCGAGCACUUGGUUCGGCCGGGCCAUGAGCAUUUCUGCUGCGGUGGGUUCGCUCGCACGCUUGACGCUGACGAUCAUCUUAUGCUUCAGUCCGACGGACCAGCGUCGAUUCAUCCUCAAGGUGCUCACCAAACUGGUCGCGACCGUGCUGUUCCUCCUUGUCUUCUCAGUGAUCACCAUCGUCUUCGAGUGGCGAGGUGCGGCCGAUGCCGUGUUCGUGAUGUUGUUCGUUUUGGAUGUGAUUUUUGUGCUCUCCCUCUUCUUUGGAGCUCUGGGCAUUGAUGGCACGCUGGCUCUUCCAGGUGGGACAUGGAUCCUGCAGUAUUUCCUUCGGCGCCAGGCGGACGAGUGCGAUUCCUGCGGCGCCGCCAGGAGCGAUGAGAUGGAGACAGACGAGGAGUCCAGUGAAGAGGAGAGCGUGCCCGGCAGCGGGCCCAAUUCACUUGUACAGGGAUCUGCUUGAUUUGAGUUUGGCUUCGGCCGUGUGCCGCGGGCAGGCCUUGACUCAGUGGCAAUAGGUUGAAGGGAUCCUGGCCUGAUGACCUUGUGAGGUCCCCCC